AUGCCUCGCUUUGCACUUGAUGUUUCAAGAACAUGGGAUGUGAAUGCAAUGAUCGCUCCAUCGGCCUCACUUGGUGAACAGAGCACCACGUCUAGUCAGCCUUCACCGGCUCUAUUCUUUUUCCUGGGAGGGAUAGUCAUAGUCCUCAUUGUUCUCAUCUUGAUAUUUGUGUUCCGGAAAAUUAUUAAACCAAAAAAAUUGAAAAUGUUCAUUGCUCGCACAAUGAAGCAACCAGUAGCAAAGGAUGUCAUAAGUGGAAAUCUUCACACAAUAAGCUAUUAUGAUUUCCAGACACUGAAGAAGGCAACCAAAAAUUUCCAAGAGAAGAAUGUGCUUGGAAGAGGUGGAUUCGGACCAGUUUUCAUGGGGAAGUUAGAAGAUGGGAGGUUGAUUGCUGUAAAGAAGUUGUCACUUGACAAAUCACAACAAGGAGAAUCGGAAUUCCUUGCCGAAGUGAGGAUUGGAGAUUUCGGCCUAGCCAGGUUUUUUCCUGAAGGUCAAGAUUUUCUCAGCACUAGAUUUGCUGGAACCUUAGGUUACACUGCGCCUGAAUAUGCCAUUAGAGGAGAAUUGUCCGAAAAGGCCGACAUAUUCAGUUUUGGAGUUUUGGUGCUUGAAAUUAUUAGCUGCAGGAAAAAUACGGAUCUUUCUCUGCCCUCAGAAAUGCAAUACCUCCCUGAAUAUGCCUGGAAGCUAUACGAGCGGUCGAAGUUGGUCAAUCUCAUAGAUCCAAGAAUGCGAGACAGGGUUGUGGAGAAGGAUGUUUUGCAGGCAAUUCACGUGGCCUUCCUAUGCCUUGAGCCUCGUGCGAAUUUGAGGCCACCAAUGUCUGAGAUUGUAGCAAUGUUAACAUGCAAGGUUGAUGUGGCCGGAAAACUUACUAGACCUGUCUUCUUGGAUAGAAAACAAAGGCAAGACGAGAAGCUUUCAUGGGAUUCACUAACAGAGCCUUCCCCCGUCUCCACUGAGGAGUGA